AUGAAUUUCACUUUUAUGAUAGAUAAUUGUUUAUCUUCUUGUUAAAUAACUUAUAAUGGACUCACUAUAUUAGAUUAUGCCAAGAGUGCAAUAGAAUAUUUUGUAAAAAAGAGAACAAAGAAUUCAGAAAAUAAGUAUGAUUAAUACCAUCUUUUUUCGUCAAAUUCUUCAAUCUCAACAUGGACAAAUGAUGUAUGCCAUUUUUUACAAAAACUUAAAACCAUUCAACCAUAGUUCGAAACUAACUUCAAUCUGGAUGAGUGUUUCCACAAUUUAAACAAAUUUAGAACUUUAAAUGGUUAUUUAUAUAUAUAAUUAAAUACAGGCACUGAUAAUCUUUAUGGAGGAAGAGAUGUCUUGAAAAUUGAAUCAGCCAUCAUAUUUGUUUUCACUAACAGAGAAUACGUUGGACCUGCUUUCCAUUAGUUGAUAAGGUGGGACUAUAGACUUCUUGCAUUUUUGUUACAACCUCCUGGAAUCGAGGAAACCAACCCCAUUUCUAUUUCAACUAACUGGCAUCACCUUGCUUCAACUGUAGGUUAAGGAGUGUGUUUCGAAAUUCAAGAUUAUAAUAUUUUAUUUUAAAUCUUAGAUGAUCCAAAAUUAACCCCACCUUAAAUAUCUCUUCAAUUAAAUCUUUUAGAUUAAUAAAAUAAAAAUGAUGAAAUUUAAUCAAUCUUUGAAAAAACAAAGAUUGAGUAAUAAUCAAGUCAGCCUUCUUAUUUGGUGAGAUCUCCUCAAAAACCAAAUUAAUCUUUUGCUUCUAUCCGUUUAAAAUGUUAACCAAAUAUGACAAUAUUCACAAAAGUAUAUUUACCUGAAUAAUUUCCAUUUUUGGAUUUUUAUAAUUAUCCAGCCUACCCUGACUAUUAUGUUGAUUUUAAUGUAUCCUUUAAAGCAAAAUUACCUCAAUAAUUGCCUUAUCAAGAAAUAUUCAUAGAAAAUGCUUUAUUGUUGAAAUUUAUACAGGGUAUAUCUACAACAAAAGGGAAAAUAUUAUAAUUUCCAAUAUUUUGUUAUGAAAAAAGGGAAGAACAAAAAGUAUAAUAUUUAGUUGGUUUGUUUUUAUUUUAACAGAAUUCAGUCACAAUGGAAUUACGAUUUUACUUCCCUAACUUCUUAAAUUACUAUGAACUCCUCAUGUAAUGUGGUAAUUCUACAGAUGAAACAAGAAGAUUUGCAGAUUAAAAAUUUUUGCAAUAUCUUUCUACGAUUCCAAAUUAUUAUGCUCCAUGCAUCAGAAAGAAUCAAAGUGAAUUAAACAUUUAAAUUCAAAGAUAAUUGAUAUUUUUGAUAGAUGAACAAAGUUAAUAAUUGUAUAUGUAGAAAGUGAAGACUCAUUAGGCCAAAAUUCAAAAGGUUAAAAAAUAAGUGGAUGAUGAAAAUUAUAAGAAUAGACAAUUACAUAUCUCAAGAAAGUGCUAAUGUUGUGCAGCAUUCAGCGAAAAUUAUUAAAUCAGAUUUCAAGAUUAGAUGAAUUGUGAAUUCAGAUAAAUAAUAUAAUUCUAAAAGGAUUACAACUUUUACAGAUUUGUCCCGCAAUAAGAAGUAUAAUCCUGCUUGCCUUAAAUGCCUAUUAUCUCGCCAACUCUGCGAAAUAUAUAUUUGGACUCUGAUGAGAUGGAGAUUAGAUUAGAACCUCAAUUUUGUGGAAAUCCAUGGAAAUUACAAAGGAAAACCUAUAGGGAUGGAGUAGAAAUAAAAAAUGACUAGGAAGAUAUACAAUUAGAAGAUAUGAUGCUAACCAAAAUGGAUUCUGAAAAGAGAUCAUAAACUAAAAACAGAAGAAAAGGAUUUAUGAGGUUGAAGGAUAUUCAAAAUUGUAAUCAUAAAUAAGUUAACAUUGAAUAAUAAGAAAUGGAAAUAGAAGAAAAUCAAACUGAAUCAUAAUCAUAAGGCAAAUAAGGUUCAGUCAAAUUCAAUCCUCUUUUUUAAGCUAAAUUUAAAUUGAUUGUCUUAACUAAAUUGAAUAAUUCUGUAUCCACAAACAAUUGA